AUGCCAAGUAGUCGAACUCUUCCAUCAUUUGGUCCAUAUGAAUAUUCAUCACACUUAGGUGGUUUUGUUGGUAGAAGUUUUUUAAGUGGAAUUCGACCACAAGAAUAUUUCUUUCAUUGUAUGGCUGGACGAGAAGUUUUUAUUGAUACAGUUGUAAAAACUGCUCGUAUUGGUUAUUUACAACGUUGGUUAAUGAAACAUUUAGAAGGUUUAGUUUUUAAUUAUGAUUUAACAGUACGUGAUAGUGAUGGAAAUUUUAUUCAAUUUCAAUAUGAUGAAUAUCGUUUUGCUGUUGAACAAUGUACUUAUUUAAAAGAAGCUUAUUAUCAAUUUCUUAUUGCUAAUCAUAUCAAUAAUAUUACGUCAAGAUGA